AUGGAGCCGCCCGGCGGGGCCCUGGGGCCCGGCCGCGGGACCCGGGAUAAGAAGAAGGGCCGGAGCCCAGAUGAGCUGCCUGCGGCAGGCAGCGACGGCGGCAAAUCCAAGAAAUUUACUCUGAAGCGGCUCAUGGCAGAUGAGCUGGAAAGAUUCACUAGCAUGAGAAUUAAGAAGGAGAAGGAAAAGCCCAAUUCUGCUCAUAGAAAUUCUUCUGCAUUGUAUGGGGAUGAUCCCACAGCACAGUCAUUACAAGAUAUUUCAGAUGAGCAAGUUCUAGUUCUCUUUGAACAGAUGCUGCUGGAUAUGAACCUGAAUGAGGAAAAACAGCAACCUUUGAGGGAAAAGGACAUCAUCAUCAAGAGGGAGAUGGUGUCCCAGUACUUGCACACCUCCAAGGCUGGCAUGAGCCAAAAGGAGAGCUCCAAGUCUGCCAUGAUGUACAUUCAGGAGCUGAGGUCAGGCUUGCGGGAUAUGCAUCUGCUCAGCUGCCUGGAGUCCCUUCGUGUGUCUCUCAACAACAACCCUGUCAGUUGGGUGCAAACAUUUGGUGCUGAGGGCCUGGCCUCCUUAUUGGACAUCCUUAAACGACUUCAUGAUGAGAAAGAGGAGAUUGCUGGAAGCUAUGAUAGCCGGAACAAGCAUGAGAUCAUUCGCUGCUUGAAAGCUUUUAUGAACAACAAGUUUGGAAUCAAGACCAUGUUGGAGACAGAAGAAGGAAUCCUACUGCUGGUCAGAGCCAUGGAUCCUGCUGUUCCCAACAUGAUGAUUGAUGCAGCUAAGCUGCUGUCUGCUCUUUGUAUCCUACCACAGCCAGAGGACAUGAAUGAAAGGGUUCUGGAGGCGAUGACAGAAAGAGCUGAGAUGGAUGAGGUGGAACGUUUCCAGCCACUGCUGGAUGGAUUAAAAAGUGGGACUUCCAUUGCACUCAAGGUGGGAUGCCUACAGCUGAUCAAUGCUCUCAUCACUCCAGCUGAAGAACUUGACUUCCGAGUUCACAUCCGAAGUGAACUGAUGCGCUUGGGGCUACAUCAGGUGUUGCAGGACCUUCGAGAGAUUGAAAAUGAUGAUAUGAGAGUGCAACUAAAUGUGUUUGAUGAACAAGGGGAAGAAGAUUCCUAUGAUUUGAAGGGAAGGCUGGAUGACAUUCGCAUGGAGAUGGAUGACUUUAGUGAAGUCUUCCAGAUUCUCUUAAACACAGUGAAAGAUUCAAAGGCAGAGCCACACUUCCUGUCCAUCCUUCAGCACCUCCUAUUGGUACGAAAUGACUACGAGGCCAGACCACAGUACUAUAAGUUGAUUGAAGAAUGUAUUUCUCAGAUAGUUUUGCACAAGAAUGGGGCUGACCCUGACUUCAAGUGCCGGCACCUUCGGAUUGAUAUUGAGGGAUUGAUUGAUCAAAUGAUUGAUAAAACAAAGGUGGAGAAAUCUGAAGCCAAAGCUACAGAGCUAGAAAAAAAGCUGGAUUCGGAGUUAACAGCCCGACAUGAGCUACAGGUGGAAAUGAAAAAGAUGGAAAACGACUUUGAGCAGAAGCUUCUGGAUAUUCAGGGAGAAAAAGAUGCUUUGGAUUCUGAAAAGCAACACAUUGCCACAGAGAAACAGAACCUGGAAGCAGAGGUGUCUCAGCUCACAGGAGAGGUUGCCAAGCUGUCAAAGGAACUGGAAGAUGCCAAGAAAGAAAUGGCUUCUCUCUCUGCUGCAGUUGUUGCUGUAGCUCCUUCUGUUCCUAGCAGUGCUACAGUUCCCCCUGCCCCUCCUUUACCUGGUGACUCCAGCACUGUUAUUCCACCACCACCCCCUCCGUUACCAGGAGGGGUUAGCAUACCACCCCCACCUCCUCUUCCUGGGGGUAGUACCAUUCCUCCUCCGCCACCUCCCCCUCCUUUGCCUGGAGGUGCUGCCAUCCCUCCACCCCCUCCUUUGCCUGGAGCUACUGCCAUCCCCCCACCCCCUCCUCUACCUGGAGCUACUGCCAUCCCUCCACCCCCUCCUUUGCCUGGGGGUGCUGCCAUUCCCCCACCCCCUCCUUUGCCUGGAGGUGCUGCUGUUCCUCCACCCCCUCCUUUGCCUGGGGGUGCUGGCAUCCCCCCACCUCCUCCUCCCUUGCCUGGGGGACCAGGAAUGCCACCUCCCCCUCCCCCUCUUCCUGGUGGUGCUGGAAUCCCUCCACCACCUCCAUUUCCUGGAGGUCCUGGCAUUCCUCCACCUCCACCUGGAAUGGGUAUGCCUCCGCCUCCCCCCUUUGGAUUUGGAGUUCCCGCAGCCCCAGUUCUGCCAUUUGGAUUAACCCCCAAAAAGCUUUAUAAGCCAGAGGUGCAGCUCCGGAGGCCAAACUGGUCGAAGUUUGUGGCUGAGGACCUCUCCCAAGACUGCUUUUGGACAAAGGUGAAGGAGGACCGCUUUGAGAACAAUGAUCUUUUCGCCAAACUUACCCAUACUUUCUCUGCCCAGACCAAGACUUCCAAAGCCAAGAAGGAUCAGGAAGGUGGUGAAGAAAAGAAAUCUGUGCAAAAGAAGAAAGUAAAAGAGUUAAAAGUGUUGGAUUCAAAGACAGCUCAGAAUCUCUCAAUCUUUCUGGGUUCCUUCCGCAUGCCCUAUCAAGAGAUUAAGAAUGUCAUCCUGGAGGUGAAUGAGGCUGUCCUGACCGAGUCUAUGAUCCAGAACCUCAUUAAGCAGAUGCCUGAGCCAGAGCAGUUAAAGAUGCUUUCUGAACUGAAGGACGAAUACGAUGAUCUGGCCGAGUCGGAGCAGUUCGGCGUGGUGAUGGGAACGGUGCCCCGCCUGCGGCCUCGCCUCAAUGCCAUCCUCUUCAAGCUACAGUUCAGCGAGCAAGUGGAGAACAUCAAGCCGGAGAUUGUGUCUGUCACUGCCGCGUGUGAGGAGCUGCGCAAGAGUGAGAGCUUUGCCAGCCUCCUGGAGAUCACCUUGCUUGUGGGAAACUACAUGAAUGCUGGCUCCAGGAAUGCUGGGGCUUUUGGCUUCAAUAUCAGCUUCCUCUGCAAGCUUCGAGACACUAAGUCCACAGAUCAGAAGAUGACGUUGUUGCACUUCCUGGCUGAGUUGUGUGAGAACGACUAUCCUGAUGUCCUCAAGUUUCCAGAUGAGCUUACCCACGUGGAGAAAGCCAGCCGAGUUUCUGCUGAAAACUUGCAGAAGAACCUAGAUCAGAUGAAGAAACAAAUUUCUGAUGUGGAACGUGAUGUUCAGAAUUUCCCAGCUGCCACAGAUGAAAAAGACAAAUUUGUUGAAAAAAUGACUAGCUUCGUGAAGGACGCACAGGAGCAGUAUAACAAGCUGCGGAUGAUGCAUUCCAACAUGGAGACCCUCUACAAGGAUCUGGGGGAUUACUUCCUCUUUGACCCCAAGAAGUUGUCUGUGGAAGAAUUCUUCAUGGACCUGCACAACUUUAGGAAUAUGUUUUUGCAAGCAGUCAAGGAGAACCAGAAGCGGCGGGAGACCGAAGAAAAGAUGCGUCGAGCAAAACUAGCCAAGGAGAAGGCCGAGAAGGAGCGGCUAGAGAAACAGCAGAAGAGAGAGCAACUCAUAGACAUGAAUGCAGAGGGCGAUGAGACAGGUGUGAUGGACAGUCUCCUAGAAGCCCUGCAGUCCGGGGCAGCGUUCCGGCGGAAGAGAGGGCCACGGCAGGAUAAUCCCAUGUGCCCCUGGGAGGAGGAGGUGGAGGAGGAGGAAGAGACUUAUAAAUUGCCAACAGGAAGGCCGGGUGUGCAGUCACAUCUCUGCUAGCUUCGGAGCUGACCAAGGACGAUGCCAUGACUGCUGUUGCUGCCAAGAUGCCCAAGACCAGUGAGGCAGUCCCCACAAUCCUUGAGGAAGCCAAGGAGUUAGUUGGCCGUGCAAGCUAAGCUGGGUCCUGUGACCGUGGCAGCUCCUGAAGGGAGCCCCAGACUGUCCCACCCUUCAGCAUGUGCCUAAAGGCUGGAGGGGAUAUUCCUCUGGGGUGGCCGCUCCCACCACUCUGACCCUGUCUCUCUCUCUGGCCUGCUGCUCUCCGAACAUCACAUACAGCUUCAGCUGCCUGGAGGCCAGAAGGAAAGGGCAGUGUGGGGGAGGCCUGAGCCCAACCCAGCCAGCCCUGGCUGUUGUAUUACCAAAGCAGGGUCCGUGUUGCUGCCUUAACCCUGUCUCCUCUCUGUUACUCAGAGGGCCUGAUCUCAGAUAAGGCCCAGCCUGCUUCCUCGGCCCCUGACUUUCCAGUGGGCUUUCCCUUAGGUCAAUCUUGCUGGAUUUGUGCUUUUCUUUUGUGGUUUCUCUGGCCCUGAGAACAGCAUGGGGCUUAUGAACCUUUGGGCUAGAUUCCUCCUUUCAUUGCUAUCCCCUCUGCUCUUCCCUUCCCUCUCUGGCUAUUGUUAUUUAUUAUUAGUGCUGUGGCGUUGGGAGCUGCUCCUUGGGACAUGGGGAGCAAAUCCCACCCUCCCUCCACCUUCCUGGGAAAGGCCUCUCAAUACAAAAGGAUCUAGACCACUUACCUGUUCUGCCAUGGCCCAGGCCAGAGCCUGUGGCAGGCAGCCGGGGCAUAGUGACGGUGUGGGACCUGCCUCCAGCCUGCCACCAUGCUUUGUGCUCUCUGGACCCUCUGUCCUAGCCCCCAGGCUACCAAUCCAAGGUCCCUCAUGCCUUCCCCAGAGCUUUGGUGCCUCUCACCUGGACUAUGGGCUGUGUCGUGACCAUCUCAACACCUCACCCUCUGUCUCCAAGGAAAUGGGAGGUGGAGCCUCCUGGCUGAGAAAUUGUUUUGCAAAUGGAUCUAUUUUUGUAUGAAAAAAAAAUCUUUUUUAAAGAAAACCUUUCCUUCCCCUUUUCCCCUCCAUAAUGUAAGAGGCUUUGAUGGCCAGUUCCAGAAUUCCUGGGGUUUCUCCUCACAGGCCUCAACCCCAAUGCCCUGGACCUUCACCUCGGCCCUGAAGCCUUCUGGACCCUUGAGGCCGAGGCGAUUCUCUCUCCCAGCAUCAUUUCUGGGGCAGGAGGAGCCUCUUCUCUGGUUGAGCUGGGCCAGGCCUAAGAGUAGUGGGAGCUCUAAGACCAUGGAGUUUUUAUAAAAUUAGUAAAUGUAUCAAGCCAAAUGUGCAAAUGCUAACUGGACACUCUGGGCGAGUGGGCACAGGAAGUGCUUGUGCACACUGUGCCCCUGCUGUCUUCCGAACAGCAGGCAGACUGAACUGUCUGGUGGUUCUAGCCAGAGGAAGCUCGCAUUCUCUGGCUUAGGGUGAUACUUUUGCCCUCCUGUGGCCCUUUCAGCUUUCCAUCCCCAGCCAGGGAGAAAGAAUGGCACUGUGAGGGUUUGGCCCAGAAUUAUAGUUGUUAGAGCAAGCAGAGGUUAGGAACCUUGAGGGUUCCUACAAGGAGGCCUUGCAGCCAGGAAGGGCUUGGCUGCCGGAGCCUGUGUCUGAAGGGCAGGGCAGCUCCUCUAGCUGCUCCUGGGAAGGCGCUGGUGCAGGGUCUGUUGCUCCUCUGGGUCACCUCCUUCUCCCUGCCGGUGGACAUCUGGGACUUUGACCCCUUUCUUUUUUAAUCUACUUUUGCUAAGAUGCAUUUAAUAAAAAGGGGGGAUACAAAAUGCAAAUCUAUUUCCCUCACCUCUUGGACUUCUGGGAUGCCAUCACCUCCAGUUGUUGGGUUUGUCUCCAACUGUUAAUAAAGCAUUGAACUGGGACUGCCUCGCAGCCUCCUUUCUGAA